AUGCAAUACAAACAAGGAAAUGAAAAAGUAUAUAUGAUGGAUGGUUAUAAUCAACCUCUUUCCAAACUCUUCCCAUUCAAUCAAGAUCCUGAAAUACAACGAACUCGUAAAAUUCUUCUAAUUAUACUUGGCGUGUGUCUUGGUAUUCUUCUGAGUGGUAUGAUAAAUGUUAUAUUUGGACCUACAAUCGAUAUCUGUUUAAUUGGUAAUGGACAUAUUGCAGAAAUAAUUGAAUAUAUUAUUUCAAUUAUUCUCUACACAUUUGGAUUAUUCGUUGUUUAUCGAUAUUCUGAAAUAGGUUUACGAGUGUUUGCAUGGUUGAAUAUAAUAACACUGAUUAUAGUUGGAAUUGUAAUCCUAGCUUUGUUCAUCAUUGGUAUGACAAAUUCAAAUGACAUUAACUUAUCUACUCUUUACGGGGAAAAUCCCACUCGCAUAAUUAAGACGCAAAAAGGACCUUUCUUUUGCGCUUUUUUAUAUAUACCUGAUUGUAUUCUUACAAUAAUCAUUGUUAAAUUUGCCUUCAAAUUGGCAAAAAUUAUUAAUCAUAAAAAAUCUUUACCUAUUCAACAAGUUUAA